GUCACUUGAAUCGUGAUGCAAACGCACGGAAACUUAGCUGCUAGUUCUUUAUGGCAACCGACCGAACUCGCUAGGAGAAUGUUGGGAGAGAGACCAUCCCCUGUUCCACCAACAAGAGAGUUAUGGCCUCCUCCAGAACCAAUUUUGAGCAUAAGUACAUUACAACUGGCUUAUCAGCAGAAUGAAGAUUUAUCUUCGACUCUUCCUUCUCAACCAUAUGUUUCUACGACUGUGCCUAUUGAUUAUGAUGUGGGACCACGCUUUUGCACGGUGGGUACGAACACGGACACACCGCCAACUGUUAUUAGUCGAAUUAGAAAUUUUCUUCGAAGAGAGAACAAUUUAAUUUCAUCGUCAUUAUCGAUGCCCCUUUCUGUAUUGAAAACGGAAACACCACUGGAACAAAACAGUGAAAAUUCUAACUAUCGUACUGUUGGCGGCAUUAAGAAGGUUAUAUCAGGGGCUAAAUAUCGAAUUGCUCCGAAUUCUGAGAACCUCGAUAGCCCCAAAAUUGUAUAUGACACUUCCAAACCUGGAGAUAGAAUGUUUGCAACAUUUGGUGCUAACAAUACGCGAAAAUGGUUUAGACUUCCAUCGAGAACGGAGUGUUCCCGUCAAUUUCGUACGCUUAAACAAUUAUGCUGCCAACGAUCUCGCAAUUCAUCACAACGACAGUCCCCACGUCCACCUUUACAAAUAACUCAGGUGAUUGCACUGAUAUGUGGCCUUCUCGUGGUCAUACUAAUGGUGCUAGGCCUGGCGUCGGCCGACUGGCUGAUGGCGGCGGGCUGGAGACAGGGUUUAUUCAUGCACUGCAUAGACCCGGAAGCUCCCACACCGCUACCUUUCGACAUUACAGCACAACCCGGCUGCUACGCUGCCAGGCCCGCGCCAUAUAUUAAGGCGGCGGCGGGGCUGUGCGUGGCCACGCUGGCGGCGGACGUGUGCGGCGCGCUGCUGACGGGACUCGGCCUGCGCUCCGCCGACCACCGCACCAAGUUCCGCUACUACCGGUUCGCGGUGCUCGCCAUGUCGCUUGCGCUGAUGUGCAUUCUAAUAGCGCUCGUCAUAUAUCCAGUUUGCUUCGCCGCUGAAUUAAAUCUGGGUAACAGGUCGGUGUGGGAGUUCGGCUGGGCGUACGGCGUGGGCUGGGGCGCCGCCAUCUUCCUGUUCGGCGCCGUCGUGCUGCUGCUCUGCGACAAGGAGAGCGAGGAGCUCUACUACAAGGAGCGGAAAGUGGUGAGCGCGGAGGGCGGCGGGCGCCCCUAG